GAGCCAGAAGUGAUCCACUUGCGUCAACAACCGAAAGUGAUUCGCGUACAAGAAGAACCGGAAGUAAUUCAGGUGCAAGAAAAACCGAAAAUAAUCCGUGUACAAGAAGACCCAGAAGUGAUCCGUGUACAAGAGGAACCGGAAAUUAUCCGCGUGCAACAAAAACCGGAAGAGGUCCGUCUACAAAAUGACCCAGAAGUGAUACGUGUGCAACAAACACCGGAAGUGAUCCGUGUGCAAGAAGAACCGGAAGUGAUCCGCGUCCAGCAAAAACCGAAAGUAAUCCGUGUAAAGGGAGAGCCAGGAGUGAUCCGUGAACAAGAAGAAGAACCGACCCAAGAACGUCAACAACCGGAAGUGAUUCAUGUGCGACAAAAACAAAAAAUGAUCCGAGUACAGGAAGAACCGGAAGUGAUCCGCGUCCAACAAAAACCGAAAGUAAUUCGUGUAGAAGAAGAUCCAGAUGUGAUCCGCGUACGACAAAAGCCGAAAGUGAUCCUUCAGCAAGAAGAACCUGAAGUGAUCCGCGUGCAACAAAAGCCAAAAAUAAUUGUAGAAGAAGAAUCAGACGCGAUCCAUGUACAAGAAAAACCGGAAUUUAUUCAUUUGCGACAGAAGCAGCGAGUAAUACAUGUGCGACAAAAACCAAAAGCAAUCCAUAUGCGAAACAAACCGCGAGUAACUGUGGAGGUGAAGAGACGAAAGUCGCAAGUGACCAAUGUGCAACGAUUUCCUGGUACGGUUUUAAAUAGGAAUGAAAAGAGUAUCAAGGUUUCUGAAGAAAAACCGGAAUUAUUUCAUUUGCGACAGAAGCAGCGAGUAAUACAUAUGCGACAAAAACCGAAAGUGAUCCAAGUACAAGAAAAACCAAAAGUAAUCCAUCUGCGAAAGAAACAGCGAAUAUUACAUAUGCGAAACAAACCGCGAGUAACUGUGGAGGUGAAGAGACGAAAGUCGCAAGUGACCAAUGUGCAGCGAAUUCCUGGUACGGUUUUAAAUAAGAAUGAAAAGAGUACCAAGGCUUCUGACUUGUAG